AUGGCAGAGGCCGCCAGCCCCACGUUCCUUCUGUGCCUCCCGCUUCUGUUCCUGCUGUCCGGCUGGUUCGGGGCAGGGAGGGCCGACACUCACUCUUUCUGGUAUAACUUCACCAUCAUUCGUUUGCCCAGACAUGGACAACAGUGGUGUGAGGUCCAAGGCCAGGUGGAUCAGAAGAAUUUCCUCUCCUAUGACUGUGGCAGUGACAAGGUCUUAUCUAUGGGUCACCUAGAAGAGCAGCUGGAUGCCACAGAUGCCUGGGGAAAACAAUUGGAAAUGCUGAGAGAAGUGGGACAGAGGCUCAGACUGGAACUGGCUGACACUGAGCUGGAGGAUUUCACACCCAGCGGACCCCUCACGCUGCAGGCCAGGAUGUCUUGUGAGUGUGAAAUUGAUGGACGCAUCCGUGGAUCUUGGCAGUUCGGCUUUGACGGACAGAAGUUCCUCCUCUUUGACUCAAACAACAGAAAAUGGACAGUGGUUCAGGCUGGAGCUAGGCGGAUGAAAGAGAAGUGGGAGGACAGUGGACUAACCAUGUUCUUUCAGGUGUUCUCAAUGGGAGACUGCAAGAGCUGGCUUAGGGACUUCCUGAUGCACAGGAAGAAGAGGCUGGAACCCACAGAACCACUCACUGUGGCCCCACGCACAGCCCAAACCAAAGCCAUGUCCACCAACCUCAGUCUCUGGAGCCUCCUCAUCAUUCUCUGCUUCAUCUUCCCUGGCAUCUCAGGAGAGUCCUUUAGAGUGACAGGUGAAAGAUGAUAUCAAGAACCCCCUGUUAGUCUGGUCUGGUUCCUGCUCUCCCUUUAGGGAGGCCAGCUGUCUACUCACCACUGUGCCUUUCUGAAAAGCAGGAGUUCAAGCCUUAGCAAGUCCACAGCCCCCAGCAGAUGAUGAGGACAUUGUAG